AUGCAUCGGCAAUAUGCACCUGCAUCCCCCCGCCGGCUCAAGCUGCCAAUCCGUGACACCAAUGGUGAAAAGCUCGUGAAAACCGAGAUCAUCCAGGUCCCCGGUCUCUCCCCGUGCCACGCCGAAGGGAGUCAGGACCUCCAGGCCGGCAGUACCGUCAUUAGCGACACGAUCUCCCACUGA